CCUGUAUACGCCUUCGACAAGGCGUUUCAGGUGAACAACAACAUAAUGCACGUGUUCCUUGGUCACAACCCUUGGAGGUGUGACUGCCACUUUAUCCCGCGCUUCCAAGGGCUCCUAUUGAAGUACAGAAGGGUGAUACGAGACUUGCCCGACAUCAGGUGCUCGAAAUCAGAUGACAAAACGACAUCUUUCGUACAGAUCAGCACGAUGCCUUUGGGAAACGUUUGCAAUAGCGAGAUGGAGAUGCCCAUUAGCACCAUCAACGUCGUCAAUUUGGUGCUUCUAGCUUUAAUCAUGAUGGUGUUAGGGAAGUUCUUAUACGACUGGCGAAACUUUAAAGCUACGGGAAAGCUACCGUGGCUGUCUUCGAUACUACCGUGAAUUAAAUUAUCGUUGA